UUGCAAGACAAUGGGAGAAGAUUCGUAAGUUAGUCAGUGGUCCUUUGAUUCACUUCCACCAAGUUACGGGUAGCUCUGUGGUUGGGAUCAAUAAUGGGACUUUCAAUGUAAAAAGACAGAAAGAAGACCAUGAAAAGAAUGAUAGACAAGAUCCCAAACGGACAAAAAUAGAAGACUACUUCCUUGUUCAUGCUGUCACUCUGCCUCCACAUGAAACUCGGGCUCAUGAUGAUAUUCCCAAAGAUGAUAUUGCCGAGGAUGAUCUUCUUAUGAAAUCCCCUUAUGAUAUUAUUGCUGAUUGCAAACUGAUUGUCAACAAUGUAUGUAUCCAAUCGAAAAUGGAACAAUGGCGCCAUUCAUCCAAAUAUGUUGAAGAAAUACAUAAGAAAGACAUUAUAGAAAGAUUUUUGAUGUCAAGUCCUUAUAUAACACAAUUAGCUUCUACUUCUGCCUCCACUUUAGCUUCAUCUGAUCAAGUUAUAGAACAAUAUGGACAAGCAGAUGAAAUAAAGCAAUAUAUAAAAGUAAUCUUAACAGAUGUGAAUUCUAUAGAGAAAUUGCACAAAGCCAUCAAGACAGAAUGUGCAAAGUUGUGGGUGAAUGGCAAUAUGAAAUGGAAAAGGCGUGCUUUGGGGUUGAUGAAAAUCUUGGGUGAAAAAACCUUGCGAUCUUCCGCCAUUCUGCACAACCAGUCAUUGAAAGAUAAUGAUCAAUGGUGCUCUGGCAACAAAAGUGAUGCAAUCAUUUCAAUAAUGAACCUGGACUUGGAGUUCUCAACCCUGGAGGUUUCGGGGUCUCCAUCAUGUCUUGAUCACACUCACUAUGUCGGGGAUAAAAACAAAACUGCAAAGAUGCUCAAGAUUAUCCUGAAUUUCAUUAAAAUCAACUAUUCAGGUGAUUUUGAGGAGUUCAGGAGGAUAAAAGUAUAUGGUAUUCAAGUAUAUG